AUGACCAGGUCUACGAUCCACUUGAUAGCUCAGACGAGGAAAGCGACAGACAAGCUGUAUCAACAGAACACCCCGAAGAGAGGGUGGCGGGGGUGGGGGGGGGGGGUCGCGCAACAGGACUGCCAGUUUGUGGACGGCUCUCUGAAGCAGGUGGACGCUGGGCUGGGGCUGAUUUUCGGGGUGAACGAAGCAGGCGCGGUCUUCACGAGAUUCGGGAACAACUGGGUGCCGUUGGAGGGGAACCUGAGGCAUGUGACCGUAGGUCUGGCUGGACUGUGGGGGGUCAACGAGGAUUUCCACAUCUUCAAGAUGGUCGCCGGGAAAUGGGAGAGAGUGGAGGGUCUCCUGAAACAGAUUGACGCUGGGGGUGACCAGCUGAUCGGAGGUACAAACAAUGAGAGCGCAGGAUUCUGUCUGAACCAGCAGGGGGCGGCGCUGGUGUUUGGGGAAGUGGCUCAUGUCCCCUGGGUCUCUAUCGAUGAUGAUCUGGUGUACUACUCCUGUGGCCCCCAAUCCUGCUGGGGAGUUACCUCCAAGAACGCAGUGCUGAUCCGCAAGGGGGUGACCCCAAACGCGUGCCAGGGCUUGGGCUGGCUGCCAGUCCCGGACUCCUCCAUGACCAUGGUAGAGGUGGGAUCAGAUGGGAUCGUGUUCGGCAUCAACGGCACCGGGGAGGUCUUUCGCAGGGACGGGAUCACCAACAACAACCCAGUGGGCUCCCAUUGGAUUCACCAGUAUGUCUGUGGCAACAUGAGGCACGUCACCUACGACCUGGGAGUGCUGUGGCUCAUCACAAUGGAUCAGAAGAUUGUGAGCUGCACCAUCUAGAGCUCCCCCUAGAGGCUCUCCGUCGCCACUGCAGGCAGCCAGUCAGAACUUCCCGGCACCAGAACUGGCACCUGCAUUCCAAUGAUUGAUUCAGUUGAUUGAUUGUAUCCAUGUUUACGUAUCAACACAGAGAUAAAUGCAUUGCUACUAUAAUACACAGCAUUAACUAAAAGCUUUUUCUUUUUUGCUCAGCUACACCCUCUGACUUCUUGAGAGUACAGUAUAUGAUAAUUUAGUGGCAGUGUUAAAAAUACUGACAGAAACACACACUGUGGUGUGAUGUAAUGUAUUGCAACAGGUCUCCUGCUAGCGGCUGGUGAGUUAAUCACGUUAAGGCAGGCGCUUGCUUCUUCACUACAGGGCUUGCUUUGUAGUUGAAUGGUGAAAGGUUUGUGUUCAUAGUUUCUGACACUUUCCAGUCAAUCGAGCUGGCUGAAAUGCCAAACUAUUGCAA